CGUUCAUGGUUUUCGGAAAAAACCUCAUGACAAGUCACAUUUUCGAUGUGUUGAUUAGACGUAUUGUAAAGCAUACAAGCAUAUAGCGGGUUUGUGGUUUCCUGGGGAAAUUUAGUUUUAAUGUGGUUAUGUUUUUGUUGAGCUCCCAUGAUUAUAGUUUGUUUUUCAAAUAUAGAAACACAAAUCGAACACUAUAUUUUGAGAAGAUACCAUCUUUACCGAAAGCCCCAAACACAUCUGAAGAAGAGAGGGCUACUUAACAGUUAGCUGGUUAACGACUACGUAAAGAUGCAAUUGGCUUUAACGAAAACAUUUGGUCAGAAGCCGGUUAAAUUUCAGUUGGAACAAGACGGGGACUUUUACAUGGUUGGGUCGGAGGUUGGAAACUAUUUGCGUAUGUUCAGAGGCUCUUUGUAUAAAAGAUACCCAUCUUUAUGGAGGAGGCUGGCCUCAGUGGAGGAAAGGAAAAAAAUAGUAGCAUCAUCACAUGCCACUAGUGUUACUCUACUGAAGGCAUCUGAAUGUGAAGAGAUCUUUGAGGGAAAUGACGAGAAAUACAAGGCAGUGUCCAUCAGCACAGAGCCCCCAGCUUACCUCAGAAAACAGUUUAUUACCAUCAAAGGCUCUAGGUCCACUACAGCCCAAGUCAACCAAGAUGUGUUGCGAAGAUCAGUGCUGGGCGCCCUUCUUUUCACCAUCUACAUGCUCCCUCCUGGUCGUAUCAUCUGUCAACAUGGCCUUAACUUCCACUCUUACGCCGAUGACACCCAGCUCUACUUGAGCACUUAUCCUUCUGCUCAGCCCCGCCCCCAGUCACUAGUCAACUGCCUGCACGAUAUAUUAAUAUCUUCAAACCUCCUAAAACUGAACAGUAAUAAGACAGAGCUCAUGGUUGUGGCCCCCAAGGCACUGCUCCAGAAGGUUGGAGAUCUCCUGCUCAACAUCGACGGCUGCUCCAUCUCCCCAUCCCCCGAGGUCCGCAACCUGGGCAUUAUUCUUGACUCCACCUUCUCUUUCAAAUCCCACAUCAAAUCUCUCACCAAAUCCGCCUUCUUCCACCUCAAAAAUAUAUCCAGACUCCGGCCGUCACUCCCUGAUUCCGUGGCAGAAACCCUCACCAUGCCUUCAUCACCUCCCGCCUGGAUUACUGCAAUGGAGUCCUGUUUGGUAUACCUGACAACAUUCUGAAACAACUCCAAUAUGUACAGAACUCUGCUGCCAGGGUUCUCACCCGCACUACGCUCUGGCAGCACAUCGCCCUGAUCCUCAUUCACCUCCACUGGCUCCUGAUAAAGGCCUGCAUUAACUACAUACUUCUCCUUCUCACUUACAAAUCCCUCAAUGCCCCCCACCCACUGGAACUCUCUCCCUGCUGAAAUACACAGCGCUGAAUCUCUCGAAAUCUUCCAAAAACUCCUCAAGCACCACUGCAUUUGGCCUUAGUUAAUGCUGCACCCUACUGCUUAAUUCUAUCCUGUUUUCUAUUCUUAUUUUCUCUUCUGUCUUGUCCUCACAAAUGUAUGUAAAGCUUCCCUGGGUCCUGUGAAAGGUGCUAUAUAAAUUCAAGCCUUUCUGACCAAACUGUCAGAAACAGACUCCAUGAGGGCCUGACAACCUGUAGUGGGACCUGUGCUCACAGCCCAGCAUUGUGCAGCUCUUUUGGCAUUUGCCAGUGGACACUAGAAUUGGCAGGUCCACCACUUGCGCCCCGUUCUCUUCACAAAUGAGAGCCAGUUCACACUGAGCACAUGUGACAGGCGUGAAAGAGUCUGGAGAGGCUGUUGUGAACGUUAUGCUACCUGUAACAUCAUCCAGCGUGACCGGUUCGGCGGUGGGUCAGUAAUGGAUCCU